AUGCCGUUGGUGCCUUGGAGGAUGGGACGGCCUCUAGUCUGGGAUGCCACAUGCGUUGACACCCUCGCGCCGUCCCACCUUCCGGGCACUAGCAGUAAUGCUGGUCGUGCCGCGUCCAUGGCAGAAGACCUCAAACGCCGCAAAUAUGCCACCCUUGGCAGCAGUUAUAUUUUUGAGGCGUUUGGGGUCGAAACGCUGGGGCCGUGGGGGCCAAGCGCGCGCCGGGUAUACAAAGAGAUAGCGGCGCGCCUUAUAGACGCCACAAGGGACCAGAAGGCUGAAAAAGAAGGGGGUUUAGGACGUUUGCCACCAAUUAAUCGCCCUGACGAGACACAGCUCAGCACCGAAGACGCCAACAAAUCCCGUCUAGUAACUAUCAUCAGAUGGGUUGUUGAAGUAAUAAACCGUCGUUUAAAAGGAGACUUGCUCACAAACGUCUUUAAAGAGCCUUUAGGUAAUUCACCAUAUGCCAAUGACAUAAUAGAAAUCAUAAAAGAAAGACGGAAACUACCUAACUUGUUAGGAAAGUAUGUUGUGCAAAACAAUGUACAUAGACAAAGAGCUGCGUUUCGAAACAUAACAGAUGCAGAGGUCGUUGAAAUAACUAGAUUUUCCAGGCUCACUAUUGAAGAAUUAGUCCUUUUAGCACUGGGCACGUAUCAGAUUAAGCUGGCGCGCUCAUACUUAGGUGAACUGGUUUGUAAUGGGGUGUACCAAAUUGAGAUUUGUGAAACAGCCAUUCCGAACCUAAGACAGUAUGGUAUAAAUAUAAAGCCGGGCGUUCUUCUGCGAGGACGAAUAAGGUCACGGCUGAAAGGUAACAAAAUGUAUUACUCUUACAUUUAUUUAUUUAGUAUUCAGCGCUCACCAAUUACUUGUUCGUCCCAGUAG